AUGACCGCCAACUACAUGUACAUGGACCCAUCCGAGCUUGUCGCUCUCUUGGAUGACGAGGUGCAGCGCAGUAAAGUUGCCGUCAUUGACUGCCGCGACGAAGACCGCAGCGACGGCUUUAUUUUGGGCUCCAUUCACUUUCCGUCGAGGUUGCAGUCGGAAGGACGCCUCAAUGAACUUGCGGACACCCUGGAGAGGGAGGGCAGGAGCAUUGCGGUCUUUCACUGCGCCCUUUCGCAGGUUCGAGGCCCAAAGGCAGCCAACCGAUUUGCCGCGAAGUUGUACGAAAAGGGGAUGUGCACACUAUCCGUGUAUGUCCUGCGUGGUGGAUGGGAUCGCUUCCACGCGAUGUACGGUGAGAGCAGACCGGAUCUGACUUCUCAGUGA